AGGAAAAUCCAUUAUCCAUUGCUUAAACAAAACCUAAAGUAACAAGCGUUCCCCCAAAUAUUCCACCAGAAACCUAAAGCCACAAGCGUUCUCGGUGGCGUUGGUUCUCUCUCGGCGGUCGGCCACCCUCCACCGGGCCAUCCUUCGCCGGCGUUCUCUGUCUCCGGAGCUCUGUUGGUACUCUCUCUCUCAAUCUGUGCAUUUUUAUGGGAUUUGUCUGGGCUAGAUUAAGCUUUUGAGAUUGUGGGUAUACCUCCAGAGAUUGCUUAAUUUUCUUUCUGCUUUUUCUACUUUUACUGAACAAUAUCUCAUCUUUCUCUUCCUUCUCUCAACGUUACAUCUACCUCACGCCUCUCAUCUUUCUCUUUUACCUCCUAUUCAACUAAAAGUCUCAUAAUCUCCGUUUUCCGCAUAAAAUCCAUCCUUGUUUCAUUCUCUAUGGAUCAAUUCGUCUCAAAGAAAAGAAAAGCGAUUUACUCCACCAAACAUGGCAGUCCCUCCAAAUAUACUACGAAAAAGUACAGUCCUUCCAAAUAUAAGAAAAAGUACAAGGAUGAACACCUCGGCACAGUGGCGACGCUUCUGCCUCCACAGCGGACUGGAACAUCAACUGAUUCACCUGCUUGUCUUUUUUCUCACGACAUAAUUUUCUGUGUGGAUGAGCAAAACCCUCAAGUCGAAGACGAUGGAAUUUGCUGGUCGCCAACAAGGUGGUUUACCUUUAAAAUUGCUGGUCAUAUUUCCCGAAAACCGCUAAUUCCUUUCUGGAAUGGAAAAGUUCCGUCUGGUGGUGGCUUAGCACUCUUAGGCUCCUACAUCUACUCUUUUGGUGGGAUGAGCUAUGCUCAAUCGCGACGGCCGAUUCGAGACAGCUACAAAUUAAGGGUUACUCCUCAUGUCUCUAAGGAAUUGGUCAAUGUUCCUCCGAUGCUCUCUCGAAGAUGUAACUUGGACGUGUCUGUUCUACACUCUAAGAUUUAUGUUUGUAACGAUGAUUAUGAUAAUCAACAUUUUCAUCAUCAAUGGGGUGAGGCUUUUGACCCCGCCAAUGGAGGAAAAUGGGAAGCUCUUCCUAACCCUCCAAAUUAUCCUUCUAAUUAUCCAGAAUGUAUAUGCAUCUCUGCGGCUCUUGAGAGUCCAGAAAGGAUUAUUGUGGCUUACCGUGCAAAGGAUGAUGACUCUUUUGCCAUCUUCUAUGCGUAUGAUGUGCAACACAGAUCUUGGGGAAUGCUUGCACCAGCUAAGCGCAAGCUCCACCGAUUGUGUGAUACGAGAUGGAAAGUAAGAGCAGUAAGUGUUGGCAACACACUAUACUGGAUUGAACGCCCUGAGGAUGAAGUGUUUAAAGAUAAUCUUUUAUUUAUAGCCUACGAUUUGGAUCUGGAUUUAUGGCUAGAAGGAACUCUAAAAGAACACGGUAUAUUUUUUUUCCAAGAUUACGGAAUCUUGGGCGUUGAGGGCAGACAUCCUGGCUUCUUCCAUCUGGAGAAGCACAAGUUCUGUCUCUUACAAUGCACAGUUGAUGAUUAUUUGCGCUGUGUUAUAGUUGAGAUUUCUCCUAUGCCCCAAACAAAGUCGUUAGGCAUAUCUGUUGUGUGGGACCAAAAAUAUGCGAUGGAACCAAAAAAAAUCUGUGGAUCACCCACUGUCUUAGUGUAUUGUGAUAUACUGCCUAAAAAGACAGAUUUGGAGAAGAAAUCAAGCAAGAAAGUGCGGGGAGCAAAUUAAGGGGUGAUGUGUAGAUCUGUCGGAGAAGUCAGCUGCAAGAUGUGGGUGAAAAGCAAGAAGUGUUUUUUUGUUAGUGCAAAGUGGGUUAUAUGCUAAUGCUACUUUUUUUUGUUAUGCUCUCACUUUAUUGAGAGGCCAAAUGCUGCCAGUGGAAUUUUCUCAUAUCUUCUUUUUUUUUGUGAAGUUGGGAAAAGUUCUUUGAACUUGUGAAUAUUUUGGAGAUAUCUUACAAAAGAUGUAUAUUUAUUUUCUGCUUCAUUAACAUAUUGUAAAAACAUUUGAGGUUUAAAAAUUAUUCAGGUUCA